ACGCCGGGGGCGGGAAGGGGAGCCCCCCGGCGACCGGGUGGCUGCGCGGGGCCGUGGGCUCCGUGGAAGGUGCCCUGCCCCGAGCCCGGUGUGGCUGCCGGCUCCUGCGCGGCCGGGGCGAGGGGACCUUCCGCAGAUAGGCUGGUGCGGUUGUCGUUUUGCAGUCACCUCAGGUGAACCACGAAGUGAUUUGAGGGAAUGCGUUGAGUUAUUUGGUCAGUGGUACAGGAAGAAGCAUCUUUUUGAUUAGUUUGUUACUGUUUUCUUGGUGCUUUACGUGCUGCUAGCUGUAUAAUAAAGGGUCUCUUUUUUUUUUUUUCUUUUUUAACAUCAGUAUUAAUUGCUAUACUCUAUUUUUGCAAAGUUUUAGCUGAAGAGCGUGAUUUCCCUGUUCUGUACUUCCCCAGAGCUCUGUGACAUUUCAGUGGCAUCCAUUAAUGCUACAGCAAGAACAUCCUGAGUCCUUGUUGCUGAAGUAAAAGAAACCUCUAUCCUCCCCAUGCUAACUGUUGACAUGGAAAACAAGGAAAAUGGCUCUCUGGAUGUCAAAAAUUCAGUAGAGAACGGGAGACCUCCGGAUCCUGCUGACUGGGCUGUUACCGAUGUUGUGAAUUAUUUCAGAACAGCUGGAUUUGAAGAACAAGCCAAUGCUUUUCAAGAACAGGAAAUUGAUGGCAAAUCAUUACUGUUGAUGACAAGAAAUGAUGUACUGACUGGACUUUCAUUAAAACUGGGGCCUGCGCUGAAAAUCUAUGAAUAUCACGUAAAACCUCUACAGACACAACAUCUAAAGAACAACUCUUUAUAGCGAAUUGUCUAAUUGGGGUCAUGUUGUGCCUCAAACAAUAAAUAAGCAAUUUGGUUUCAUGUGAUGGAACUUUGUAAAGAGAGAAUAUAUCUAUUAAGAAUUUAAACCAAAUUACAGUAUAUAUCCUAUUGGAUAGAGUUGGCAAUAUACUAUAUACUGAGUCUGAACUGAGAGAGGUGGUGUGUAUUUUUUACAUAGUACAUAAUGAUUUUCUCUUUUAGGAAGUGUCAAUGAGCAUGUUGAGAUAGCUACAUCACUGUGUCCAGAACAAAAGGGAGGUAUGUCAUUCUCAUUUUUGAGCCAGACAUGUUCUUGGUUUCAUGAAUUAAAAUACCAAAAAAAACCCCCUAACUCAAAUAAAGUUUACAUGCAUCUUUGGGAGAGAGAAACCAAUUAAAGUAGGUUUUGGUUUACAUUAAAGACCUACUAAAAUUAUUGCUACUUAUAAUUUUAGGAUGGGACUAACACUUGCCAACUCACCCUUUUUUGCAGAGGGUCCUAUUUUGACCUUAUUAAGGUUUACUCGUGGUAUGCUGCAAUGUUUAAAGCUGUACAUACAACUAACAUAACCCCUUCGAUAGCAGAAGGCGUUGCUGACAGGUGAAACUGGGUUGUGUAUUUUUUGCUGUCCUUUAAAUUUUCAGCUUGUUUUCACCUGUUUUUAAUAGUAGUUCUAUGUAAAGUAUAGUUGGUUUUUAAAAGUUUGUGUUGCUUUGCGAAAAAAAGAGCUUCAUUUUAUUCCUUUUUAAUUUAUGAUAACUUUUUUCUAACAUUAUGCAGAAAUUUGUAAAAAGAGUAAAAUUCUGCACAUUUUUAAUAUUGUCUGUCAUUGGUGUUGUAAUGGUUGAUUUUUUUUUUUUUUUUUUAAAUGCUUUACUUAACGGUUUGAAUAGUUGUUUUAAAAACUGAAAGAAGCUGUCUCGUCACCAUACAUCUCUGUUAAAAGAGAGUCUUGUUCAAUCUGUUUGUACCAGUUCCCUAUUUGAUAGGUUGCUUGCUAUAUCCCAAUAAAGCAUUGCUUAUGUUUGGA